GCAGGCGCUCUGAGGCUCAGCGGUGAGCGCUGGAGGAGCGCGCGCGGUCCCUCCAGAUCGGAUGUUCCUGAAGUUCGGCGCAUCAGCUGUUGCUCUGUAUGUGAUGGUGCCGUGAUAUCAGUGCGAUCUGGCCCUGGUCAGCCCGAUCCGGUCCGGGUCAGAUCAGCUUCCGAUUGGCGGCAUGGCACGCGGAGCUCAGCUCGCGCUCUCGGCUCUCCGCGUCGCCCUGAUGCUCGCGGUCUGCUCCGGUGACGGUCUGUCUAACCAAGCAAAUCCAACCAAUCAGCUGGGACCUUUUGAUAAACUGGAACACCAUGGAGCUACAGAACCUUGGCUUAUCAUUGGUGGGCAGAGAAGACCAAUCACCCUUCUACAGUCAAUGGGACAUCCUGCAUCACUGAGGCUCAAGAUUGAGGCAGAAGGCAAACAGCUGCUGCUCAUUCUGCAGAAAAAUGAGGGGCUUUUUGCCAGUCACUACACAGAAACACACUACCUGGAUGGAGGGAAACCCGUCACCACCUCACUCAGCUCCAGAGUGAACUGUUACUACCACGGGGAGGUGAAGGGCUAUCCGCACUCCGACGUCAUCCUCAGUACCUGCACAGGACUUAGAGGACUAAUCACACUGAAAGAUAAAGUGUUGGUGCUGGAGCCAGCACGAAAGCCCAAUAGCACUUUACAUCAUGUCUUUAGAGGGGAGCAGAUCAACCUAAAGCAGGGGACAUGUGGACAUGGACACAACCUGACCUACACUGCAGGACUCUCAGGCACAACAGGAAGCCUCUUCAGCUCACAUGGCAGCAGGUACAAGAGACAAGCCCAGAGCAGCACUAAAUAUGUUGAACUGAUCAUUGUAGCAGACAACCGAGAGUAUCAGAAACAGGGCAAGGAUCUGGAGAAAGUGAAACAGAGGCUGGCUGAAAUCGCCAACUAUGUGGACAAGUUCUAUAGAGCGCUGAACAUCCGUGUGGCCCUGGUCGGCUUGGAGGUGUGGAGCGACUCAGACAAAUGCCCUGUCUCUCAGGACCCUUUCACCACACUGCAUGAGUUCCUGGACUGGAGAAAACUCAAACUUUUACCCCAGAGACCACAUGAUAAUGCUCAGCUUAUCAGCGGGGUGUAUUUCCAGGGCACCACCAUUGGCAUGGCUCCCAUCAUGAGUAUGUGCACGGCCGAGCAGUCUGGAGGCAUUGUCAUGGACCACUCUGAUAACCCCCUCGGAGCUGCGGUUACUUUGGCUCAUGAGCUGGGACACAAUUUUGGAAUGAACCAUGACACACCAGAGCGGGGGUGUGGGUGCAGGGUGACAGCGGACAGAGGGGGCUGUAUCAUGACUCCUUCAACCGGGUAUCCCUUCCCCACUGUGUUCAGUUCAUGCAGUAAGAAAGACCUGCUGGUGAGUUUGGAUAAAGGAGUGGGGAUGUGUCUCUUCAACAUGCCUGAGGUGAAGGUGCUGUACGGAGGGCAGAAGUGUGGCAAUGGGUAUGUGGAAGAAGGGGAGGAAUGUGACUGCGGAGAUCUCGAGGAAUGCAUGAACCCUUGCUGUAAUGCUAGUACAUGCACUCUGAAGUUGAAUGCAGUGUGUGCACAUGGGCAGUGUUGUGAAGACUGUCAGCUGAAGCCUGCAGGUACACUGUGCCGAGAGUCUACGAACUCGUGUGAUCUGCAAGAGUUCUGCACAGGUUCUGACCCUCACUGUCCAUCUAACGUCUACCUGCACGAUGGUCACUUGUGUCACGGCGUGGACGGACACUGCUAUAAUGGCAUCUGCCAGACACAUGAGCAACAAUGCAUCACACUCUGGGGUCAGGGUGCAAAGCCAGCUCCAGGCAUCUGUUUUGAGAGGGUGAACUCAGCAGGAGACCCAUAUGGCAAUUGUGGAAAAGACUCCAAGGGCUCGUUCGCAAAAUGUGAAGCGCAAGAUGCUAAAUGUGGAAAGAUCCAAUGCCAGGGCGGAGCGAACCGGCCAGUGAUCGGAACCAAUGCCGUGUCCAUAGAGACCAACAUCCCGCUGCCGGAAGGUGGGCGUAUCCUGUGCCGGGGGACUCACGUGUACCUGGGUGACGACAUGCCAGACCCAGGGCUGGUACUGACAGGAACCAAGUGUGGAAACAGCAUGAUGUGUCUAAACCGGCAGUGUCAAAACAUCAGCGUCUUCGGCGUCCAUGAGUGUGCAGCCAAGUGCAGCGGACGUGGGGUGUGUAAUAAUAAAAAGAAUUGUCACUGUGAAGCACACUGGGCUCCGCCUUUCUGUGAUAAAGCUGGAUUUGGAGGCAGUGUGGACAGCGGACCCGUGAGACAAGCAGAUGGCGAAAGUAUAAAGGUAGGCAUUGUGGUAGCAUUCCUGUGUUUGCUCUGCGUGGUCAUGAUUGUCUGUAUAAAGAGGAAGACUCUGGCCGGCCUCUUCAUCAAUAACAAGAAAAACAACAUUGAGAAGCUAAGGUCAGUGGGACCAGGCAGGCUGAUCGGUCACGGACACACACUCUCACCCCCUGAGACACAAACACACUCCACCUGCAGAGCAUCAACUCAUUGUCAAGCUCCAGCCACACCACAAAGUAGCAGCAUAUAUAAGCCCCACUGUUCUCUCCCCGUGAUGAACUCUGUUGUCGGUUCUCACACACUCCGCGCUCUGCCCCAGUGUCCACCACUCCAUCUGAGCCCACUGUUACCAUUGCCCUUUCCUCCGCCCACCCACCGCGCACCCCCGCCUCCCCUGCCACACACACCCUCACCGCGCCACAGAGCCCCAUCCUCCCUGCACACACACUCCCACCUCCACACUCCGGCGCGAGGAGCCUCCCUUCUCACCUUAAGCUACCAGAACACCUGCAGGAUGGCUGUGGAGUUGGGAAAGCCAAGCCCGCCUCAGAAGCCUUUACCCGCUGUCCCGCUAGGACGGAGCUCUCAUCUAGGACGGAGUCCCUUAGCGACACAUCUCCCCGCUGCCAGCUCGGCCCCGCCCAUCUUACAGCCCAACAGACCUCCUCCUAAGCAGCCUCCCACACUGCCUAAGCCUCAGCUCUUCACAGGAUUGAAGAAACCCAGCAGCUGAGACAGAAGUCUUUGAGACCUGUGGUUCAAUCUGUUUUGCACUAUAAAAUUCUGCUGGUCCUCAUGAACAAUGUGUCACGGCCAUGACAGCUUGGCAGUUCGAUCCGUCGGUGCUACGCCUCCCUCCUUCUCUGGUGCUAUGAGUCAACACUCAGGUACACAUAUCGUACAUUAUUUAUGUCAUCAAAAGUGUAUUUAUUUCAACAUUGUUCUGUAGCCUUCCGCCCUGAUUACGAUUGGAUUUUGGAUUGUGUUACGAGUCGAAUACUAGCAUGAUUUGGCAGUCUGGAGGGAGGCACUAAAGAAAUAUUCUAACCUGUGAAAAUAAACUGAAGAUUGUAAUGAUGGUGCUUUUAUGACAGAAGUGAAACGGAGGAGAUAACUGAAAAAGAUUGGAACGAAUGACCGAUGUGCUCUGUUGCUGCGUAACUUUAUGUGUCACAGUCAUAACACAAGUUUGACAGACUCAUUUUCGACCAAACAUACUGAGGAAGUUCCCCAUACACUUUUAAGUAAAAAAAAGCAUCUAGUGAAGCAGUGAAGUCUGCCGCAUGUUCCCUUUUCUGACAGCAUGCACUCUUGUUCACUUAGACAAACCAAUCCAGAACUUGGAAAACUUUACCAAGAUUUUCUUGCCAGUUAGACUUUAAACAGUACCUGGUAUGACUUUUGAAAGUCAGCUCAAAGUAAUACACUGGUGUAUUUCAGUAUAAUGCCUAUUCACUGUAAUUGUAGCAUGUGUGAUGAUCUAAAAGCAACUUGUUUUCCUGUCCUGAGAAAACCUUAUAUUUGUAAUGUAGAUCUAGGGGCCGUUGCUAAACGUUUAUAUGUUUUAAGGUCCAAAGAUGGGAUAAACAUAAUAGGAUGUACUACCAAAGCAUAUGUGUUUAACAACCAAAUAUUUGGACAUGCCUCCAUGCUUAAUCGCAUAUUCAGAACUCCCGUCACUAAGAGUUCAUUUUUAUGUAAAUUUACAAGGAACAUUAAAAUUAAAUGACCAAUGUAAUAUACAGUAGGAUAACGUAGUUUAUGUUAAGUCAGAAUGACUUAAAAUAAUCAAGUGAUGUUGAGAUAUGAUUGAACAAACGACCCAAGCACAAGCUGCAAACAAGUAAAUUCUAACCUUUACUUAAAGCAUUCAUGCCGAUUAAUAUCCAUUCACACAACGUCUGAUCACAUCCAUGGUCUCUUAGGUUUCUAACAGGUUUAGAAUUCUGAUCAGAGAGUGGGACGGACACAACAGCUUCCUGCACACAGCGCGUGUAUCUCAUGUCACACAUCUCUUAGUGAUGUAAUGUUAACUCUCUGCUUCGUUUGCUUUCUAAAAUAUUACCAUGCGGUGCAUAUUAGCUUACACUUACACACAUUACUGUACAUUACGUUCAUAUAAUGUUUAAUUACGGUCCUGUUAUAUGGUGUUUGAACAGCAUCCAAACUGCAUCACCUCCCAUUCCAGAGAACAGACAUUAAGCGAUUGCUUUGUACCGUUUUUGGCUGGUUUCCGAUUUAAUCUUUCAUUAAAUUGUUGAUGCCUGUUUUUUUUUGUGUGUGUAUGUGUGGUGCUUGUUGUUAUGUACCUGCUCUGGCUCAGGUCAUCGAUUUUGUACUUGUAAGUCGUUUUUGCAACAUUACGUUAGAGGUGUUUGUUCAGCUUUAUCCCAUCAUCAUUUAGUAGACCGGCCACAAGCACGGAUAAAAUGAGAGUCAGGAAGGGCAUCUGGCGUAAAACCUGUGCCAAGUUGUAUGAGGAUCUACUGUGGCGACCCCUCGAUGGAAGCAGUCAAAAGACUAACAACAUUUUGUCGACAUUGGUCCGGUUUCAACCCAUCAGAGUGAUUCUUAAUUAAUGCCAACGUUGUCCCAAUGUCGUAAGAUUGCCAAAUUAAUAUCACAACAUUGACACCCGAAAAUUUCUGCUAAGAGAGAAUUUGUUCCCCCUCUAAAUGUUAACAGAAACCCCAGCAACUGCCCUUAUAUAGUUAUUAUUAUUAGCAUUUUUUUUUUCUCAGUACAGGGACAUUUUUAAAGCACUGUCUCGGGAUUACUAUAUAAAACAUGCUAUAGAUGUAGUAGAUAGAGAAUAAGCCAGAAAACUCCAGUGUAUUCCUUAAAAACAUUAAAAAAAAAAAGAAAACCCUCUGAGAUUCCUUACUCUCCUCUAAAAUAAAGAUGUCUGCUUCAUUGGUGAUGGCUGAUAAGUGAUACAGAGGUGACACUACAUCUGCACAACAAGACCAGGAAAAUCAUUAAAAGGCAGUGGUUUUUGAAUAAUAAGAUCGUAAAAAAAAAAAAAACUUGACAUCUGUAGCAAACUGGAGUGUGUACCCAGGGACCUAUUUCAGCUGUGACAGUGUGUGUGUGUGUGUGUGUGUUCUCACUGAGCCUACAUUUAUUUGAAAUGUACACAAUGUAGAGCCUUUUUUUAAAUACUUUAAUAGCACAUACCAUCGUGUUACUGUGUUCUUGACUUGCUUUUUGUGUGAAAUAUUUUGUUUUUAAACCAUUUGUGGGUGUCUACAUCAGUCACUCGCUAUUUCUUUUUACAUUUUGCUUAUAAAAUGGUUUACUUCAAGUGAUAUGUUUAGCUAUAUUUUUACGCCUACAUUUGUAUAACCAAUACACCAGUUCUGUUUAGGAUUUAAUGACACUCUGAGAAUCUGUGCGAGUCUAGAUUCUUGUUGAAUGGUAAUCAUGGAGCACUAUCAUAUGUUAAUCACGUUGCUUGUCUUGUUCUGCAGUCUGUACUUCUGUAGUCACUUUUUACCACUUUGUAACCGUACACUUGUAUCAGUAUUUCUACACACACACAAAAAAAGAUAUGAUAAUCACUUUCUUUAUUUUGCUUAGUGACUGCAAACACAAAGGGAUUUUUGUAAGAUAACUAUUUGAUAAAUCACACGGGGGAUUGGGUGUAUAUAUGUAAAUAUCAGUGUUUUGAUUACGAUUAUGAACCAGUGUUAAGUAAAGUUGUCUAUGAAAAUGA